CGUAGGUUCCGCCCUCGGGUGAAAUGCAGUGUUUACAACUGUUGCACAGCUGUUAUUUCCGUAGUCUUGCCUUUGCACACAUAUGAAUAUAAAAUGUUAUUCACUCCAACUAGUUUGACUGAAUGCUUACAGGAGUGGGAAAAUCUGGAAAAGGACUAUCAACGGGUCCAGGAAACUCACCGACUGUAUAAACAGAAGCUUGAGGAAGUGUCCAAGUUACAAGACAGCUGCUCCAAUGCCAUAGCACGACAGAGGAAGAAACUAAAGGAUCUCACAGUGUCACUGGGAGAAUGCAAAAAAACAAUGAGCCCAGAGGAAAUGAAUACGAUAGAUGGGAUCCAGGAAUCGAUUAAGAACAGGCCCAAUGUUUUCUUUGAAAUGGAGUCCUUCCUGCCAAAAAAGAAUAGUUUGUACCUCAGUCUUGUUCUUGGGAAUGUGAAUGUAACAUUACUCAACAAACACUCCAAAUUUGCUUACAAAGAUGAAUAUGAGAAAUUCAAAUUAGUCCUCACCGUCCUACUCCUGUUCUUCUCAUUCACAUGCCGCUUUGUAUUUAGUUACAGAGCCUUAGACGCUCUCUUCAACUUCCUCCUGGUGUGGUACUACUGCACUCUAACUAUCCGGGAGAGUAUCCUCAUUAGCAACGGUUCCAGGAUCAAGGGUUGGUGGGUGUUUCAUCACUAUGUGUUCUGUUUCCUGUCUGGGGUGAUGCUGACUUGGCCAGAGGGCAAACUCUACCAGAUGUUCAGGAAUCAGUUCCUUACCUACUGCUUGUACCAAAGUUUUGUCCAGUUUCUUCAGUACUAUUAUCAGAGUGGCUGUCUGUACAGACUUCGAGCCCUGGGAGAGAGUCACAACAUGGACUUGACAGUUGAGGGUUUCCAGUCCUGGAUGUGGCGAGGCCUGACCUUCCUUCUACCCUUCCUGUUCUUUGGUCAUUUUUGGCAGCUCUACAACGGCCUAACGCUGUUCAGGAUGGCCCAGCUUCCUGAGUGUAAAGAGUGGCAGGUUUUCAUGUGUGCCUGCUCCUACCUCCUGUUGUUCAUGGGGAACUUCUCUACCACACUUAGAGUGGUCUACCAUAAGUACAUCCACAACCAAGACAAGGCCAAAAGCCUGUAAGCCUGGAGUAGAUAGAUACUGGAUAUUUUAACAACAACAAAAAAACAUAUUGCAGGAGGUGAUUUAUAUGACUGUAAUUUAUAUCGAUCAUAAUUCUGUCAAGUAAACCGUUUACAUUGUUCUGUUAUUUUGAGAAUUGCAGGAUGUCCCUUUCAGCACUGCACAGGAUUUAAUAACCUGGAUGGGUUUGAGAUUAGUGGAAGAGGAUUAGCUCUGCCUAUCUAUACUGAAUCAGCUGAGUCAAUCCUAAGACAGGUCCCAAUGCAGUUUAGUUUAUAAGGAUCCCAUUAGGUAUUGCACAUUCAGAAUGUUCUCAUCCUGGGGUCCACGUAAAACAUCCAAGAACAUCAGCACAUUGGGAUUUAUGCAGUAAUAAGCCUCUGGUUGUGACCGAGUCUGUGCCACUUCACACACAUUACUACAUUGCUACUGGAUUUUAGGAAUAUGUUGACAUUACUUUCUUCUCGUUGGCUAAAAUAUUUUAAUUUUUAUUUUUAUAGGGCUCUUGGUGGUUUGAUAAAAUGUCUUAAAUCAAAGUGAGCCACAAAUUCUCAUUACAAAAAUGAUUUGACUUUCUCUUGUCAUUUUAUAAAAAUGUACUUUAGAAAACGUAACUUAUGUUGCUGUAGUUUGUCUAUGAAUUAUAACAAAGAAGGUACAUUAAAGGAGAAAUAUGUAGAUUUGUGUUCAUUAUAGUAUCAGAAAAUCUCCAUAAUACAGUGUAUAUGUAGUAAUAGUGGAAUGAUAGUGUUUCACAAUAUCAUGUAAAUACAGAAGUGCAUCCUAAAGUGGACACUUUCUGGACUCCAUUGGCAUUACUAAGACUAAUGAUCAUUUUCUAGUCAAGCAGUCUGACAAACAUUGGCAGACGGGGCAUGUGGAAUCCCUUAGUAAUUCCCUGUUUAAUACAAUUAUACAAAGUACACUCAGUUUCUGUUCAUGUGAGAAAAUGCUCAAAGGAAUCAGUGUGCCAUCCAAAUUAAUAAGAAAUAUGUUUAUAAUAUAGAAAAAUAGUUUCUAUGGCUUUUUUUAUGCUGGUCUACAAAGUAAAGGUAAAACACUAGUGUUAGUGGGAAGCAAGGGAUUGGGGAAAAGUGUUUUGAAUGUGAAUUGUUGCUGGAAUUCAACUAGUUUAUAGGUUGAUUAUAAAUUCUGCACAUUGCUCCUUUAAGGUAUCAUAUUUAUUACAUAUAGUUUCUGUGGACAUUUCUAAUUACUAUGCUAUACUUUCAAGCUCUGAAAAAACUCUGAUUUAUUUUAAAAUAUGUUGCCAUUCACCCAUGAUGCAAAUGGAGUAGUCCUUUGAUAACCACAAGUUAAUUAAUUCACCUGUGAUGUAACAUUUAGAGGAGUAGUCCUUCAAUAACUACAAGUUAAUUCAUUCACCCAUGAUGCAACAUUUAGAAGAGUAGUCCUUCAAUAACUACAAGUUAAUUUAUUCACGUCUGUCUUCGGAACUCUCCAACACCCUCUUUACACCAUUUGUCCUUAUUAUCAAAAUAGUUUGAAAGCUCAAAUGGAAAGUGCUUAAAGAUGUCAGCCUGAUGUACGAAGGUCACUGAAUUAAACAUUGCUCUGUGUUA